AUGAGGUACAAUUUACAAAAUUUUGGCUCAGCGCACUGGGAGUCACUUCUUCGCGCCCGGGCUAUAGAGACGCAGUGCUAUGUCGUGGCCGCCGCUCAGACCGGAGCCCACAAUAAGAAACGCUCGUCUUAUGGACACGCAAUGGUGGUGGACCCGUGGGGCGCCAUCAUUGGCCAGUGCAGUGAUGGCGUUGGGCUCUGUGUCGCACAAAUUGAUUUGGAUUUCUUGCAAAGUGUGAGACAAAAGCUUCCCGUUUGGAGCGACAGAAGACCCAAUCUCUAUGGGAAUGUCAUUCCCGCCAUUGAUUUGGUUCAUAAAACAGACAGUAAUAGCGAGGAGUCGUUCGCAUUUGGACCGACAGCUGUUGUUAAAUCAAGUCAAGUGUUUUGUAGGACAGAUCACUCCAUAGCGUUUGUCAACCACAGACCAGUACUGGCCGGUCAUGUAUUGGUCGCUCCGAUCAGAGACGCCAAAAGACUUCAAGAUCUUAGUCGCGAAGANCAGCUGUUGUUAAAUCAAGUCAAGACAGAUCACUCCAUAGCGUUUGUCAACCACAGACCAGUACUGGCCGGUCAUGUAUUGGUCGCUCCGAUCAGAGACGCCAAAAGACUUCAAGAUCUUAGUCGCGAAGAGAUAACAGAUUUGUUUUGUUUGGUGCAAAAGGUUCAGAAGGCUAUCGAAACGGAAUUUGGUGCAAAAGCGUCGACUGUUGCCAUACAGGACGGUGUGGAUGCGGGACAGUCUGUAGAGCACCUACACGUGCAUAUGUUGCCGCGCAAACCGACUGAUUUUGGCGGAAAUAUCGAUCAGAUCUAUAGUGAGCUUCAAAAACAUGACAAAAGUGAACACAAAUCCAGAUUCAGACUUAGAUCUGAUGAGGAAAUGAAUUUGGAAUCCAAUAAACUUAAGACUUAUUUUUAA